GUUCGUACUGCGCGUUCGCGAUCCCGGCUUACUCAUUUCAUGAUGGCCGAGGGAGGCGGACCCGAGUCGGGUAACGCGACAGACUCCGAUCCGGAGCCGGUAGCCGCGCAGAUACCGACGCCUUCAACAGAAAGUCAAAAACAGACUAUCGGAACACUUCUCAAAACAACUCUUCGAAGGGGCGACGAAUGGUUCCUGAUUGACAGCAGAUGGUUUAAACAGUGGAAGAAGUAUGUGGGCUUUGACAGCUGGGAUAUGUACAACGUUGGAGAGCACAGUCUCUAUCCAGGACCCAUCGACAACUCUGGGUUGUUCUCGGACCAAGAGACCCAAAUCUUGAAGGAGCACCUUAUAGAUGAGCUGGACUAUGUCCUGGUCCCCACAGAGGCCUGGAACAAGCUCGUCCACUGGUACGGGUGCCUUGAAGACCAGCAGCCCAUCGUUAGAAAGGUGGUGGAACAUGGCAUGUUUGUGAAGCACUGUAAGGUGGAAGUCUACCUGUUGGAAUUAAACCUGUGUGAGAAUAACAACAUGGACAAUGUGGUCACGCGUCACUUCAGCAAAGCCGACACCAUAGACACCAUAGAGAAGGAGAUGAGGUUGUUGUUUGAGAUCCCAUCCGGGAGCGAGACGCGGCUGUGGAACAAGUACAUGAGCAACACGUAUGAGCAGCUGAACAAGCCGGACAGCACCGUGCAGGAUGCCGGUCUCUUCCAGGGCCAGGUGCUUGUGAUCGAACGCAAGAAUGAGGACGGCAGUUGGCCUAGACAAGCUUCCCAUCCAAAAUCUAGUACAGCAACCUCCAGGAAUUUCACUACCUCCCCAAAGCUCUCUUCCACCUCCUCAGCACCCAUCUCCUCCACCUCCUCAGCACCUAUCUCCUCCACCGUCACUAACGGAGACAGCAGCAGCAGCUCAGGCUACACGCUGAACAACAGCACCUCCUCUGGAAACAGAUUGGGGGGAUACAACUCCUACAGCUCCUCCUACAACUACAGAGAGUCGGCAUCCCAACCUGGCUUAUGUGGCCUCAGUAACCUAGGCAACACCUGCUUUAUGAACUCUGCCCUCCAGUGCCUGAGCAAUGCGUCCCCCCUCACCGAAUACUUCCUGGACGACCAGUACGAGGCAGAGAUCAACCGGGAGAACCCACUCGGGAUGAGGGGGGAGAUCGCAGAGGCCUACGCAGACCUGGUCAAGCAGAUGUGGCUCAGCCGAAGCAGCUACGUAGCCCCCCGCACCUUUAAAACCCAGGUGGGGCGCUUUGCCCCCCAGUUUUCGGGCUACCAGCAGCAGGACUCCCAGGAGCUUCUGGCCUUCCUGCUGGAUGGCCUCCACGAGGACCUGAACCGUGUCAAGAAGAAGCCUUACCUUGCCCUGAGAGACGCAGAGGGCCGCCCCGACGAGAUUGUAGCUAAGGAAUCCUGGAGUAACCACCGGCUGCGGAACGACUCCAUCAUCGUGGACAUCUUUCACGGCCUCUUCAAGUCCACCCUGGUGUGUCCGGAGUGCUCCAAGGUCUCUGUGACCUUUGACCCUUUCUGCUACCUCACGCUGCCUUUGCCCAUGAAGAAGGAUCGCACCAUGGAGGUGUUUCUGGUCCGCUCCGACCCCCAGUCCAGACCUACGCAGUACCGAGUGGUGGUCCCCAAGCUGGGAGCAGUGACAGACCUGUGCGCCGCUCUGUCCAGACUCUCUGGCAUCCCUGCGGAGAACAUGGUGGUGGCCGACGUUUACAAUCACAGGUUCCACAAGAUCUACAGACGAGACGAUGGGCUCAACCAGAUCAUGGAGAAAGAUGACAUCUUUGUGUACGAGGUUCAGGAGGAGGACAGUGAGAGGAUGAACCUGCCUGUGUACUUCAGGGAGCGCCACUCCAAACACCCAGGGGGCUCCACGGGCACCAUGCUGUUUGGACAGCCGCUGCUCAUCACUGUGCCCAGGCACAACCUGGUCGCCGACACUCUCUACGAGAAAGUGCUGGAAAGGAUUGGGCGCUACGUGAAGCGUGUGGCGAGCCCCGGUGGCGAGGGGCGGGCCUCGGCCUCCGCCAGCUGCAGCCAGGCCUCGGAGUGCUCCACGGUGGCCACGGCGACGUCCAAUCACAACGCGGGGCCGGCCAAGUGCGGCAGCCCACCUUCUGGCUCCAGCAACGGCAGCAGCCACGCAGGGACUUGCAACGGACCCAACGGCGUGUGUGAGGGUGAGGAGGAGGCCAUGGAGCACCAGGUGAGCCCCGAGCCGGAGAACGGCCAAUCGGAGGAGGGUGAGGAAGAGGAGGAGGAAGGGGGGGCGUCGGACGUGGAGAACGGGCCGAAGAGCGGUGGGAAGAAGCGGCCGUCCAGCAGCCGGCCUCCCAGACUCUUCACCUUCAGCAUGGUCAACUCCUACGGCACCGCCAACAUCAGCCCCCUGCCUUGCGACGGCAACGUCCUCAAACUCAACACACAUUCCACCGUGGCAAUAGACUGGGACUCGGACACCAAGAAGCUGUGUUACGACGACAGAGAGGAAGAGGCCUAUGAGAAGCACGACAGCAUGCUGCAGCUGCAGAAGAAGAAGGCCAGCGUGGCUCUGAGAGAGUGCAUCGAGCUCUUCACGACCAUGGAGACACUGGGGGAGCACGAUCCCUGGUACUGCCCCACCUGUAAGAAGCACCAACAGGCCACCAAGAAGUUUGACCUGUGGUCGCUGCCUCGCGUCCUGGUGGUCCACCUGAAACGCUUCUCCUAUAACCGCUGCUGGAGAGACAAGCUGGACACCGUGGUGGACUUCCCUGUCAGGGACCUGAACAUGUCUGAGUUUGUGUGCGACCCCAAGGCCGGCCCCUAUAUCUAUGACCUCAUCGCUGUCUCGAACCACUAUGGAGGAAUGGGCGGAGGCCACUACACGGCCUACGGCAAGAACAAAGCAGACGGGAAAUGGCACUACUUUGACGACAGCAGCGUGUCUGCCGCAUCGGAGGACCAGAUAGUGACAAAAGCUGCUUACGUGCUCUUCUACCAGCGGCGUGACGCGGGCGACGCCCCCCUGAAGCCCGCCUCCCCCUCUCUGGGGGGCGCCGGCCCAGAAGCAGCCGACUAUCACAUGGACACCAACUGAGCGUGCGGCGCUGGGGCCGGCGGAGGCGUGACAUGCACUGAAGCAAACGACGACGACACGACAAGAGACACGUUGACACACACACACACACACACCCGAGCUUCUUCAGUGACAGUGAGACUGCAGAGUCAAUAUUAUUAUUAUUAUUCCUUCUCACACACCCUGCACCCCUGUGUUUUGUUUUUGAUGAUCUUAUAUACAUCGUCACGGAGAUCGGAACGCCUUGUCUGUCAGACGAGCAACUUAAGAGACAUCCCCCUGGAGCUGCUGGUGUUGUCCGCUUAGUUGGGGGGGGGGGGGGGGCGAGAGAAACCACUGAGAGGAGUAUAGAAGAAGGUGAAGUAUCCUCUCACUGGACACAUGAGAUUGUUAGAAGUGACCUAAAAAUGCAUAGUGAUUUAACGCAGACUUUUCUGUUUUACCCGCUAGAAAAGUUCGAAAAUAAAAAAAAGCCAAAUCUUGUUUUCAACCAAAGCGUUCCAAAUUAUACAUGGAAAGGGAAUGUACCAACUCUUUUUGUGUGAGGCUGGAGGGUCGGGGAUGAGAGAAAGGUCAUGUUUGUUAGCCUUUCAGGUUUUGGAGAAUUUAUGCAAACAUGCUCGUAACAUUGCGAUGAGCUCAGGGGUCAGCACGUGGCUGGGACUGACGUGUGACCUUAACCAGACGCGUGGAGAUUUGAUCCAGUCAGCUCGAGGUGUCUCAGCUUGCUGCAGACACACUCCUAUUGGUCUAAGAGACUGUGUGUUGCUGUGUCCAGGUUGUUUCUCUGUGUAAACUCCCUUCCUCCCCAUCUCUCACCAACCCCCCCCCCCCCGCCUCCUCUCCCUCACCACCCCCCCCCCCCCCCUUCCAAGCCGAUCGACUGCUCGUUCGUUGUGAAGCCUAGCAUGCUAGCUAGCUCCUGUUUCUUUCAUACACCUUGACUCAAGGGGAAAUAAUCCAGUUAACAAAAAACGUCUUGACGCACGCACUCUCACACACACACACACUCACACAAUGCUACAGCGGCCUUUGGUUUUGCAACCUGUUUGAAGAGGAGGAACUUUUAGUUGUCACAGGAUUUCAUGGUUAAAACCUUUUUGUUUGCAUUUGGAAAGUGUGAAUAUUUGGGAUGUAUGAUAAGGCCUUAGCGUAGAGAUCUCACAGCUAGCGGUUGAAAGCUAUACUUAAUUGCUCCCCCCUGGUACACGUGCAGAUGGCUUAUAUUGUACAGUGUUGCAGCUCUGCAUUCGUAUGGCUGUAUUCAAUAUCUACAAAAGCACGUGGAGUGAAGCUGACUUCAGACCAGUAAAGAAAGUGGUGCUUGAAUUUUUUUUUUUUACUUGAAACUGCUGACGAUCAACAAUAAGCAGUCUUAUGUCAUCAGGAGGAAUGGGAGAGCAGUGAGUGAAUGAUCUGUGUGUUCUGCUGGGCACAGGCACCUGCUGUCCAGCUUUUAGUCUUUUUCCAAAUGACUCGGCCAAUGAAAUCGCUAUUGAAAAUAAAAUGUUAUAGAUAAGUCUUGUUUGUCAAUGGGAACAUUCAGUUAGAGUAACGAGUAAUACAAACAAGUUUAACAAAUGAUUUUUUUUGUUGCUAUGUGCUGUAGCUUGGUACCCCAUACAAAGCUGGCUGAUGCCAACUACAUGUGUUGUUUGAGAAAAGGGCUGUUGGUGACAUGGCCAUAAUACAGUAGAAUAUGCGUCAGCAGCUAGUGUCUCUAAAAUCACCAACCCCAGAUUCAGUAGCCAAUAGUCUUGUGAGAACAUAACCAGUGACACCUUUUAUGGAUGAUUAAAAAAAAGACAAAGUAGAUGCACCUUGGCAUUUGUCUUGUGCUUUUCCCAUGUCACAGCAGCAUGUUCAGAGAGAGGUCUUUCAGACGACACACCACUCUAAUGAUGCGGCCCAUCUCAGAUGAGAACUUUAAUUACUAUAACCAUAUUUAUGCCAAUGAAUAGAAAAGCUUUAUAUUAUCUCUGUAAUAUUCCGCUAAAGUCAGUUAAAAAACAACAAAAAACAUUCAGCUGUCCAAAAACAUAUUUACAUUUUCUUUAAAUCAUGAGCGACUUCUACACUUCAGUUUAAGUUUGCUGUUAAAAAUAUUUAUUAGAUGUAAAUAAUCACAAUAUUUGAGAUAGAUACAUAACUGUCCUUAUAUUUAUCAUAUUGCCCAUAUCUGCAAUAUUUGUUUUUAAUGGGAAGUUAUUUGGAUUGAAAAUACAAUAAAGAUUGGAAGGCUUAAAAGGA